GAAAAAAAACCGGGAACCUUUUUGAAUUUAAUUUAUGCUGAAUAUAAUGGUGCGAAAACGAGAAGUCUGUGACCACGCGUUCAAAAAAGAAGCCAUUUUAAAACGUACGGUGAAAAAAAAUUGGUGUGUGUUUAUUUCAUUAUAUUUUCUUCUUGCUAAAUUACCAUCUCACGAAAAUAGCACCAUCAAAAAAGUCUUUCAUCAAGCAUUCAGAAACAAAAAAACAUGAAAAAAAAUAUAAAAGUAUUGAUAAAUUAUAAAGGUUUUUCUUAGACUACUCAUCAAGUGAGUUUUUUCCUUUACAAUAACAUUAAAUCCAGAAGGAAGUUUAAGUGACAUUGGGUCAUUAACAAAGGAUAUUGGUUGUAACACAGAGGUUCAAGAACCAGAGCCCAUACCUGUUCAGUUUGCACAUAUUACGCGUGAGUGUGAUGCUCUGAAAUGUUUAAAGCCAUUUUUGACUUGCUGAAGCCAAAGGCAGCUAUCGAACUUGCCCAGUCAUUGUUGGCAUCACAUGACUUUAACAUUGAUCCAGUACUUUUGACUAUUACAAAGUCUGGACCAAAGAGAAAGCUUUCUCUUGAACAAGAAAUGUUGCUGGCCCUAAUGAAACUAAGGAUGAAUCUUUUAAAUGAUAAUUUGGCACAUAGGUUUCAAAUUUCAAGUGGAAAAGUAUCACAAAUUUUUAUUACAUGGAUUAAACUAAUUUCCAAAGAAUUAUCUACCCUUAUAAUAUGGCCGUCAAGAAGUCAAAUAAGAGCGACAUUACCUGAAUGUUUUAUAAAGUUGUUUCCGAAAACAAGAGCUAUCAUUGAUUGUUCUGAGGUAUUUAUGGACACUCAAAGUUUCUUAGAAGUACAGGCUUGUUUAUGGAGUGAUUACAAACACCAUUGUACAGUUAAGUUUCUUGUGUGCAUUACUCUAAAUGGUGCAGUGUCCUGGAUAUCUCCAUUAUAUGGUGGAAGGAGUUCGGACAUUCAUAUUGUAAGGACUCAGGAUUUUUAAAAUUGCCUGAACCUUUUGACUAAGUAAUGGCAGACCGUGGAUUUAAGAUCAAAACCGACUUAGCCUUGCAGCAGUGCACAUUGAGCAUACCCCCUAGUGCAGCAAAAGGAAAUCAAAUGGUUGCUAAAAAUGUUACCAAUACAUAUAACAUAGCUAAUGUACGUAUAUACGUUGAGCAAGCUAUCAAAAAAAUGAAAGAAUUUCGAAUGUUAAAACACCAACAGCCUCUUUUGCAUUUGCCAAUUAUGAAUGACAUUUUACGGAUAAUAAGUGCAUUUGUUAAUUUAAAACGACCUUUAGCAGAGUAGUAUAACACGUAUUAUUUACAUUGAUAUUAUUUACAUAAGUUAUAUAUAGUACUAUGCAUCCACUAAUGACAACAAGCAUUUUGAACAAAGCCAUUCGUUAGUGUCUGUUUCGCUUGUUAUGUUUUCGCAUUUGUAGUGAAACCAUGCAGCACAAAAAUCACACUGAAUACUACUAAGUUCUCUUUCUUCGUUUUCAUUAAUUUCGCAUUCUUCUAACAGAACAUUGUCGCAGCUGCCACAAUAUGUUAGGGGCUUGAAUUCAAGUAGUGCUGGAUAAACAAACAACUUGUAAAAUAUUUCCAGAUUUGUUUUCACGUUUUUCCAGUGUUUCUCAUCAAAUGUUUAUCAAAUGUUACAAUCUCCAUAAAAAGGUCUUUGUUUGUCCACACAAUAAAGUAACAUUUCCCUAUGUUUGCAAUUGCCAUUUGAAAAAUAAUUUGAGUAUAGUAUUUAUGUGUUUUUGACAACUUUGUAGUAUCAUCUUUUGUUGCUACAAUUGACAUUCCUUAGCACCUUCUGUAAUUGUUUUAUUUCUUAUUGUAUAUGGACAUUUUAUUUCAUUUAAUGCUGUACCAUGACACUUGCAUGUUGCAAUACCAUCUGGCAGUGGUUUGUAGGACCUAUAUAUAUAUACACGAACCCGAGAUAAAAAAAAGGUUUUAUUUUCUGCAUUGUACUGUCACAGCAUCACAAAGUAUGAGUGAUACAAAAGAAUUGUGGAUAGCAAUAAAACGAAAAGAUGACAAAGGUAGCGAGAUUGUGUCAGCUUAGUGCUCAUGCAUGGCGGGACCAUAUGAAACCUGCAACCAUGUUAUUGCUUGCCUUUAUAAGGUUGAUUAUGCAAACACAAAAGGAUUAUGCAACCCUACAUGUUCUGAGCAAGCUUGUGCUUGGAAUCAAGGGACCAAAAAAGAAAUUGUUCCAAAGAGAAUUUUUGAAUUAUUUGUUCGAAAAAAACUAGCCACAUCAAAUGAAAUGGACAAAACUCCUAGUGAAGAAAGAAAGAAUUAGAAGCUUUCAAUCCAAGAAUUGAAUCACAAGGGGAAAUUAACACUAAUAAUAUAUCGCAAUUUUUUGGAAAAGUGCAGGCGAUUAAUAGAGACGCUAUACUGUUUAAGUCCAUUGAAACACUUAGUACCACAGUUUUGAGUGAGGUACAAUUGUGCACAACGUAAAAGAAAGGGUGCUUGCAAAAAAACAUAUACAGAACAGGAAGCGACACAGUUAUUGCUGAACGAAUUGAGACUUAAUGACAAAAUUAUUAAAACUGUUGAGAAAGCUACAAGGGGGCAAGCAGAACAGUAAGUGUGGUAAGAGAAACAGGAGCAAGAAAACCAAAAACAACACCACUUGUUGCAAAAACAAUUUUUGGAGAACCAGCAUUAGUAAGUCAGGCAAUAAAAUGGGGCAAUGAAAAUGAAAGUACAGCAUUAAAAUCAUUUUAUGCAAAGGAAAUAUCAAAUCAUGUUGAUUUAAAAGUUCAAAAGUGUGGACUUUUUCUUUUGAAAGAAUCGUAGAUGGUAGCACUGUUUAUUUCUACAACUAGGGUAAGUUAUAGCAAAGUUGCAAGUUAUAAGCAAAAUAAUUGUUAUUCACUUAAUCAACACAUUAAUUUGAUAUAAAUAAAAAAUGUUUUACAGGAGGUAAGCUUCCACACUGUACAUUUGGCUCAAGGCUUUCUCUUUGUAAAUUAAAAAAUCUGGACAGACUACCCUAAAUAGCACAACACAUUUUUAAUCUAUAUAUGUAUACAAUGCAAUCCUUGAUAUUUUCAGUCCUUCUCUCAAAUAUGUUCAUAAAUAUCAUCAAGAAAAAUGUCCCAUACAAAAGUUAUCAUUCUUAGCAUUUAUUCAGUAAAAUUAAGAAAUACAAAAGAUUUAGAACCAAAACUCUCAGCAUAUCUCCAUCUUCCAUAUCUAUAAUAUUAUUUCUCACACAAUAUCAUCUGUUCAGAAAUGAAGGCUGCAUUCCCAGCAAAGCAGUCUCAGAAAACAUUCUGUUACCACCUUACUCUUUGCUGUUAGAUGAUAAUUUAACAAAAAUAACAUCUAAUGAAAAUCUUAAGAUUUUUGUGCUACAUAAAUUUAAGAUAUCUCACAGUAAGAAAUGUACUGGUUGCUAUUGCUAGCAGGGGACAUAAAUCCUAACCUGGGACCUUAAUCACAACGUAAUGCCAACACAUGCCCUGCCUGUUUGAGAACGGUAGCAAAAAACCACAGAGCAGUUAAAUAUGACGAAUGUAAAAAAUGGUUAAAUAUAAAGUGUGACAAUAUAUUUGUUAAAUUGUACAAUUCCAUGUUGACUGAUGACACUUUAAACUUUGUGUGUUCCAUAUGCCUCCGCAAUGAACUUCCUUUUGAGGAUGGCUAUUUUGACAACUCAUUACAAAACGAUGACAUAGAACCAGAUAUAUCUUCCUUUAAACCAAACUUUGAUUUUGACCUUGGUUCAACUAAUAAAAAGGGUUUCCAAAUGGGUCAUUUGAAUGUGAAUGGGUUAAGAAGCAAGCUUGACUAUAUAAAGUCUUCCUACAUGAACAUAAACUUGACAUUCUAGCUCUAAAUGAGACUAAAAUUGACAGCCAUGUCACCAAUGCAGAUAUUAGCAUCCCUUAUUACAAAAUUUUUUGUUGUGACAGGAACAAACAUGGUGGUGGAGUCUUAAUUUAUGGUAUUUAUACAUUACCCACUAAAAAGCUUAGCCAUUUGAGUAAAGAUAAUAAUGAGAGUAUAUGGAUUGAGGUCAAACUAAAAAAGUACUUCAAUAUUUUUAUGUUCCAUAGACCACCUGGAAAGGAAAAAGAUCUUGUCAUGGCGGAACGACUGUCUCAAUAUAUCAAGGACUGUUUAAUAAACCUUCCGAAAAAUCCAGAAGUUUUCAUCUUAGGUGAUUUAAACUGUAAUUUUAAUAAACCUAAUAACUUGACCUGAAUUUAAAAGAUUGUCUUGUCUCCUGUAACUUGAAGCAGUUUAUUGAUAAGGAUACUCACACAACUAUUUUUUCAUCUACUUUAAUUGAUCUCUUCAUUUCCAACAGUGAGCAUAUAUGUCACUCCUCUGUCAUUGAUAUAGGUAUGAGUGACCACUCUUUUAUAUAUGCCAUUCGUAAAUGGAAAAGGGUUAAAAUUCCUGCAAAAGUUAUUAAAGCAAGAUCUUUUAAGAACUUUAACAAUGAAAAAAAAUGACUUGCAUUCUGUAAACUGGAAUGAAAUUUUAAAUAAAGACAAUCUUUUCACGGCUUGUAAUAUCUUCAAUGAAUUUGUUACUAAUAUAAUUGAUCAACAUGCUCCUAUUAAAUCUAGCCGUGUGAAAGGAAAUUGCCCUCAAUGGCUAAAUGAUGACCUUAUUCAUGCUAUAAAAGAGAGGGAUUUCUUAAAGAAAAAAGCCUCAAAAACUGUCUGGGACAAAUUCAAAUUCAAAAGAAAUCAAGUCAAUAAAAUGAAGGAAAAGUUGAAAGGUCAUCAUUAUGGCAAUAAAAUAAAUGAGGACGCAUCGGAUCCUAAUUGCCUCUGGAAAACGCUUAAGGAACUUGUUCCUGAUAAAGAGAACAAGAAUGUUCCAUCUUCCAUCUCUAAGAACGACAUGGAAAUAAAUGACCCUAAAGGUAUUUCGAACUCUUUCAACUCCUUCUUUGCUACCAUCGGUAGUACCCUUGCUCAAAAAUUUACUUCUGACACGUCUGAUGUCAACAUAAAAUGUAAUGAUAAGUGAGAGUGUUGAAAGCUGGCCUCAAAGUUUUUUCACCUGUUUUCACCAAAUUGUUUACAAAUCAUUAAAUUACUGGUUAUGUUCCAUCUUUUUUUCUGGCAACGGAGUACCAAUACUGAAAGACAAAACAUGCACUACAUGCAAACAAACACUGGAAGCCGUGAAGGUUGUCAUGAUUGAGCAAAAAGACAUCAAAAAGAUUCUUCAGGAUUUUAUUUUAUCUGUGAGCCACAUAAAGAGCAACCUCGCAAUAGAUUUAAGCAGACAACCACAAAAUAUUGAGUUAACAACGUCACAGGGAAUCGACUCCCUAAUUUUGCCUUGCUUAACAUUAACACCAACAAAAAAGACUGCACAACAACCACAACCAUCACACCACGAAGAGCCAUCUCAAACACAACCAUCACAUCACCAAGAGCCAUCUCAAACACAACCCCUAUCAACACAAGCAUCACAGUUGGAACAACAAAAGCCACCUUCGACAAAACUGCCAGAACAACCAUAACUUCAGCCACCACCAUCACCAGGUCAACAAGAAGAAGAAUAACAACAGUCUCCCGAGCUACCUUCACCUGCAUACAAUCCUGAAAAUCCUGUGGACUUGCAUUAUGACUACGACGACACUAGUACUGACUUUGACAUACAAAUUUCUUCUCAACCCCAAAAAGAACUACCCAAAAACAACUGGAAUUUGUUACACGUUCCUCUCAACUCGACACUCCCACACAACUCAACACUACUGCACAACUUCCAGCACAAUUUAACAACAUAUAUUUUGUAAAACUAACUUAUUUAUUAUUUAAUAUAAACUCAUAAUAUAUUUUAUCUUAUUAUUUUGUAAAACUAACUUUUUAUUAUUUAACAUUAACUCA